AUGACGAACAUGGAGCAAGAUCAUUCAUCAACGAGGCACACUAUUUUGUAUGAGUGGAAAAUUAAUGAAAUUACAUCAUUAAUAAAAUCCUUGGCCGAAACUCAAGACUGCGUGAAGCUAACAUCACCUGCAUUUUCGACGGGAGCGAAAUCGCAAGACUCGUGGUGUUUAGAAUUAAAAAUUAACAAAAGAGACAAACCAUACUCAAAAGACCAACCAGAUCUACCAGAAUCUACAAAACAAUAUUUGACGGCAUAUCUGCAGCCAAACAAUGGAGAUAAACAAGUAAGAAUAAAAUAUUCACUAUUUCUUCAUGAUAAAAACAAGAAAAAACAUUUCGUUCGUCGCAGUAGCCAAGUUUUUGAUGAUUUAGAUGGUUGUGGUUUUGAUUUAGUUGAGCUAGAGAAUUUGUUGAGUCAAAAAGAAGAAUUAUUAAUUAACGAUACUCUUACAGUAUGUAUAAAAUUGACUGUGUACGAUAUGGAUGAUAAAAUUUUAACGAAUUCUUCAAAACGGAAACUUGUCGAUGAUUUUCAACAACUUCUUGAGAGUAAAAUCGGCAGUGACGUACUUCUAAAUGUUGGCGAUCAACAAAUUUAUGCUCAUAAAAGUAUUUUAAUUGCUCGUAGUCCUGUUUUUGCUUCUAUGUUGAUUAACGGAAUAGAUGAUAAAAAGAACGAGCUGACGAUAUCCGAUAUUAGUGCUGAAAUAAUUGAAAAAAUGCUUCAAUUUAUUUAUACUGACCAAGUUACUGACCUUGAUAGCGAUGCCAAGGAUUUAUUGCAAGUUGCUGACAAGUAUCAACUUCAGGCGUUAAAAGAAUUAUGUGAAGAGUCUUUAUUUAAGUCAAUAACAGUAGACAAUGCUGUUGAUAUUAUGGUAUUAGCUGAAAAGAACCAUGCUAAGAGGUUGCUAGACUUUGCUACCAAUUACGUCGUAAGUAAUGCAAGUCAGCUUGUAAUUAACGGAUCUUUCAGAGUUGAGGAUCAUCUUAAUUGUUCGGUGGUAUCAAAUUUAUUCAAGAAAAUAAUGUCAACUAUAAUCACUGACUCUCGGACUAGAUUUCCUUUUACGCUGAAACAAUUUUUCAUGUCCUGCCUUUUUUUUAUUGUCUUCAUUUAUUAUAUUUAUGUUUAUUUGCUGUCUGGAGUUGUGAAAAUUUAUCGCGCAACCAGAGCUUUCAUGAAGAAUCGAUCAUUAGCUAAAAAUAAAUCGUCAUCUAGUAGCGACAAUGUUACUUUAUCCGGUGAGCUCACUGUCUUCAAUGAUCACUCAUCAUUCAGAGUUAAUAUUCCGUUUAAAACAUCAAAGCGUCUAAAUACUGACGACUUCAAGCAGCUUUUUGACGAUAGUAAUGAAAUAUCUAGUGAUGUAACCUUGGAAGUUGGUGGACAUGAAUUCAAAGCUCAUAAAGUUAUGUUGAUGGUACGCAAUCCUUUGGUAUCUGCAAUGUUUAUGGACAAAUUGAAAGAAAAUAAAGUCGACAUCGCUGAUAUUGAUCAAGAAACUUUGAAAAAAUUGCUAGAAUUUAUAUUUACUGAUAAAGUAAACGCCUUAAACAAUGAUUCGGAAUUGUUAUUGAAGGAUACGGACAAAAAUCAGUUGCAGAAACUGAAAAGUAUAUGCGAUGAAUCACUUUGUAAUUCAAUAACUCUCAAGUACGCCAUGAAAAUGAUGAUUAUUGAUGAUAAUUCUGAUCAAUUGCGAGAGUACGCUACUGUAUUCAUCGUUAUUAAUAUUACGCAUGUCAUGAAAGCGAUUAAUUUUAACAAUAAUAAUGUUGAAUUUCCAUUAAUUCUGUCAGAGAUUGAUGAUAAGCUUGCGAUAAUGGAUAAAGAUAACGAUGAAGAAAAAAAAUCAGAGGGUGCUGCGGAAAUACGAGAAAUGAUAGAUUUUGAUUAA